CGCCAUUCUUGCGAUCCAUGUCGUUAGUGAGAUUAUUUGAAUACACGGCCUCACAAACAAAUCAACACCAUGCAAAGGGGACCAUAAUAUUAUUCCCUAUCAACCCCGGUCAUAUCUCCUCAUCCACUCCAACAACCGGCUUACUUUACUUCCCGCCACUUCAUCUUCUUUUUAUAACCCCGUUCCCUUACGCUAGAAAAAAAAGCCACGCCAUCUCCUUCGUUCUCAUCACACCCUCUAGUUCCCAUCAAAAACAAAACAAAAAACACAAUGGUCGCGUACUCUUCUUCUGCCUUUACCUCCGAAUCAUCCUCUCCGGCCACAGAGAUCGUCCAACUUCCCCCCGUAUACACCCCCGACGAGCUAGAGGAAAUAAAUUCUCACUUGGAAACGCUCAGCCCUCAAGAAAUCCUCCAAUGGGGUGUGCACAACCUUCCAGGGUUAUACCAAUCAACGGCCUUUGGCCUAACAGGUCUCGCCGGAACAGACAUGCUCUCAAAACUAACCCCUUCUCCCCCACCCCUCAUCUUCUUCGAUACCCUCUACCACUUCACCGAAACCCUCGACCUCAGAGAUAAAGUUCACCUAAGAUACCCACAAACCCCUCUCUACACCUACCAACCAUUCGACUGUUCCUCCCCUUCCGAAUUCGAAUCCCUUUACGGUACACACCUUUGGGAAACCAACGAAUCCUUGUACGAUUACCUCGUCAAAGUCGAACCUGCUCAACGAGCUUAUAGAGAAUUAGGCGUCAGAGCGAUCAUCACCGGCAGAAGAGCGAGUCAAGGUGGAGCGAGAAGUGGAUUGGCUAUACUCGAGAUCGACUCGACCGGUUUGCUCAAAUUGAAUCCGUUUAAAAAGUGGAGUUUUAAAGAGGUCAAGGCUUAUUUGGAUGAGAACGACGUUCCGAGGAACGAGUUGCUCAAACAAGGGUAUAAAUCUGUUGGUGAUUGGCAUUCGACGCAGAAGAGCGUUCCCGUCGCUUCGGCUGGAGGGGAUGGGAGUGUUACUGCUUCUGCUUCUCCUGCUUCUCCUGUUGCUGCUGGUGCUGGUGCUGGUGCUGGUGCAGAGGAUGAUGGAGAGAGAAGUGGGAGGUGGAGAGGGAGGGAGAAGACCGAGUGUGGAUUACAUGAAGAUUAUUUCAGAAUGAGGAAGAUGGCUCUUCUCGCUGCGGGUGGGUUGGAUAAAGAGAGGAGGGAAAGUGAGAUGAGGAUUGCGGAUGAUGAUCGGGGGAACGAAUUGGCUUUGGAGAGCGUCGUUCGAUCUCCGUUGGGUAUUAUUGUUAGUGUUGAGGCUGAGGUUCGAGCGUGAUGAUGAGGGGAAAUGCCAUUAAUUGCUGCCUCGUUUUUCUUUUUUCGCUUCUCUUUUUUCAAAACUAUCUUAUUGGUUUAGAACAACCGCUUCUUCCCUUUUUUUUUGUUUUUUCUAAUAGUACUUGUUCAUCAUGGUCGAAGACUAGCUUGAGAGACCAUCUUCCCUAUCAGUUAUAUACACAACCCUCCGUGGGGGGACUUCAGACGAACAUUCUUCUAAGAAAUUAGAAGAAGAAAUACAAUAAAAUGAAAAUAGUACAACUGUUGAAGUCG